GCCGCUUCAUUUGAAAGCACAGGGUGGCGCUAGUGAACCUUAUCCCCGUGUUAGACUGCACUCCCAGCAGAGAAGAAGAAACGCCACUUCCGGGAAAACAAACACAUGGAGAAUUAACUUCACCAGAUACACCUUGUGAGGAGGAUCAGCCAUGACGAGGUGGGCAAGAGCCAACAACAUCCACAAGAACAAGCCCGCAGAGGCGACUCCGUGGGGUCAGCUGAAGGCAAAAGAAGGUUCCAAGGGAGAACCUCAGAGGAGCCAUGUCAGAGGAACUCAGCCCGGCGCCUCCGCAGUGAAAAAGCCAAACAAAAAGAAGAAGGACUACACCAACGAGGACGUAAACGGUUUCCUGGAUUAUUUGCACCAGAGCGGACAGCAGCUGCCCGAAGGAGACGGACAGGAGCUGAGGGAGGAGGUGGAGGUGGCGUUGAAGAAAGACCGGAGGAGGGAAGACAGGAGGUUGAAGAGGCAGAACGACAAGAAGAACAAAAUGCUGUGCUUCAACUGCAGGAAGCCAGGUCACGGCCUGGCUGACUGUCCCGAGGCCGAGCGGGACCAGGAAAUGGGUCGAGGAAUCUGCUACCGCUGCGGCUCCACCGAGCACGAGAUCCAGCGGUGCAGAGCUAAAGUGGACCCGGCUGUCGGCGACUACCCGUACGCCAAGUGCUUCAUCUGCGGUCAGACGGGACAUUUGUCACGUUCCUGCCCCGACAACCCCAGGGGACUCUACCCUCAAGGAGGAAGUUGUCGAGUGUGUGGCUCAGUGGAACAUUUCCAGAAGGACUGUCCAGAACAUCAGGCCUCAAGCCACUCCCUGACAUUGGGUUGGUUGUCCAACAACAUGAGUGCAGACCACGAGGACGUUCAUGUCCCGCUGAAGAAAAGCAAACCCAAGCAGACCAAAGUGGUCGUCUUCUGACCACACAGACCUGCACUAUUGACUCUUCCACUGACCUCAGUCCUUUGGACUACAUCUUCCAAUAAAACAUGGCUCCUGCAAUUUACUACAAAGA